AAAAUGGCGGUUAAUGCGAGUUUAGAGUCUGUGUUAAGUAUAGAUGAAAUCAAGUUAAUUCCCCCCCAGUUAGUGUCAAGGCUUGAAAAUCACUUAAAUCAAAAUUUACAAAACAUCGAAAGUCUUAAAAGUCAAAACAUUCAGUUACGAGCUAGCUCAGAACGUUAUGAAUUCCAAUUUGAAAAAGAACUUUUUGAAAAUCAGAAGAAAGUGAAAGAAGCUGAUGAGUUAAGUGAAAAGUUGAAGUCUCAGUGCUCAAAUUUAGAGGAGAAAUAUUGUCAGAGCCAAGCUGAAGUGGAGAAUCUGAGAGAAACCCUCAGACCACUUCAGAAUGAAUUGGACUCCUUGAAAAGAUUGUGUGAGGAACUGAAGCAAGAUAAAAAUAAUUUCAUCCAACAAUUGGAAAGACAGAAGAAAGAGUAUGAAAAACUUCAAGGUAAGACAUUAAGAUUUACUCAGAAUCAAAACUCAUCCCUGAGGAAUAAUCUUGAGGAGAAGAAUCAGAAGGUAGAGGAUUUGGUAGAGAGGUUGAAGGAAUUGCAGGAUUCACACAACCAGUCUGAUGAAAACUUUCAAGCAGAAAUUAGAGCCCAGACAAAACUGGUUGAACUUUACAAGCAAUCUUAUGAAGACAGUCAGCAGAAAAAUCAGGAACUUCUUCAUACAAUUGAAGAGAUGCACAAGAUGUUAAGAGAAGUUGGGGAAAAUCAUUCUCAGCUGGAACAAAAACUUUCAGAAAAUGAAACAAAGUGGGAAGGAAUCGUGCAUGAGAAGGAACUGGAAGUGCAUAGCUUGAAGAAAGAACUAGAACAUGCUAACGAUCUUCUGAAGAAACCAAAGGGUGUAAGUGAAGAAGGCAUUGAAAAGAUGUUUCCUAUGGCAGCAGCCACCAGUAAGAUCUUACGAACAGGGAUGACGUUGACCCAGGUUUACUCAGAGUUUGUCAGAGCCGAGGAGGAGCUACAGAAGGAAAAGAGUGAAAAACAACAGCUACAUGAACAGCUACAACAGAUUUUAGGA